CGUUAUUACAAGAUCGUCGAUGAAUUCUCGAAGCAAUAAGUCGCACUUGUCAGCAGCCUUGUUCAGUAGCGCGUGUAGGUUCAGCGUGGUCUAAAGUGCUUGUGGCGACACAUGACAACAGGAAGUUGAACCUAAUCGUAUGCGCUCAAAAAACAAUAAAUAUGCGUCAAUCAAUCUUAACUAUCGUGUAAAGAGGACGCAUUGGUACACGAGGCUGUAUGAACUUCCGCGAGUCUGAGUUAUGGGAAUAUUCGCCACAUAGUAAAACGAUCCAGACGGGUUUCUUUACUCUGUUUAGCUGGGAUAGGAUAAUUCUCCUAUAUUAUGAUUUCUAGCCGUGGUGGUCGAGCAUGUUACAACACGUACUGGAGCGCUCUGGGUUUCAAAAAGCCUUAGAGAAUUCAGACCAGAAGAUUUUCAAUCAUUUUUUUAAGAGAGCUUAAGGCUAGUAUAAAGUCAAGGCCAUGAGUUUGCCAAUUCGCCUGGUUUUGGUGGUAGUAGUAUGGUUUAUAACUAUUUCGGCGAUCAAGUGUGUUCAAGCUCCGAGUUUGGCGCCCUCGAAAAGAAAAGCUAUUUGCAUAAGUGUUUGCUCUUUGCUGAAUGGGAACUUGAAAAGCUCCGCAUUUUCUUGGAACAGAAAGAAAGUUCUGGUAUAUGUGAAUGGAUGCGUCUGUAGCAGAGACGAUCAAGCGAGGGAGAGGGGGAAACGUUCACUUAAAGAAAACGUCACACAAACGACGACAACUAGCGCUACCGAGGUCGUUCCCUCUGACAGACCUACACUUCCAGGGUUGUCCAUUGGGGGCAUCCACAUUUUCCCAGAGGACGCCGACCUGUCUAAACACAACAUCACUACACCUGACCCUAACGAGUCUGUUCCAAGUAUUCCAGCUGAAACGCUGAAGGUUCUUGCUCCGGACAUUUACAGAGCAACAAAGGCGUGUCCUCAUGAUAUCAGUGCCGGAUACAAUGGUACAAAUACCACAAACCUCAAUCAAACCGUGAGGUUUGUUAAAACAGAGUCGAUGGGGUGGUAUGCUAACGUCACGUGGGCCUCACCAACCGAGCGAGACAUCAUCGAGUCAUACCUUUUAAUGUGGCACGUGGACAAUACCAAGGGCACUAACAAAGCCAGAUGCAGACUUGCAAACAAGGAUCAAACGUACAUUGUUUUGAACGAGACCGAUGGCUGGGUGUAUCCAAAAGUUAUAUAUCUUAAGGUAAUACCUCUACCAAGAAAAAAUUCACGAGAAAAAUUCAAGCUUCAUCCUUAUUACCCUAAAAGUGCUUUACCUAUUCCAGUUCCUCGAAAAUCUAAAGCUGACGUGACCAAGAUCUCGUUGGCCAUAACCAUCGGUGUGUUGUCUGGGGUGGUCAUCAUUAUCCUUUUGCUCGGAGGCGUCUAUAAAUGGAAGUGUAUGACGAGUUCCAUCAGGGACGAAGUGUAUGGAUUUACUCAAGUUGUCAUGGAAAAUGGCAAAAGCAAUAAUGCGAAGGCGGACCAAGAUCUUUUCUUCGCAUCGUAUUAUCAAGAAAGCUCGAGGCAUACUGAGCGUGUAGCCACAAUGGCUUCGAGGUUACGCGAAGAUGGUUAUAAUGUCAUCAUCGAUCAGUUUGAAUCGGUGGAGAUCAACGACUUGGGGAUGUGGCGGUGGGUUGACCAUCAAAUGAACAAGGCCAAGAAAGUGUUAGUGAUUUGCUCGCCUGGCUAUGUCAGGCUGUGGAGAGCUAUGGUAAAAGGAGAGUCGACAGUGGACCCAGAAAACAAGGACAUGGCAAGAGUCAAAUACGAGAUCAAUCUAAUUGGGAACAUGUACGCAGAGAGACUGUCCACUGCGAAUAUAAUUUGUCUUAACAUGGGUAAGAAGAACACGCUAGGCGACGAGCUUCCGCCAUGGAUGAAACACAACACUCUACAGUGGCCCGAACAAAAAGACGAGGUUUAUCGGAGAUUGAUAGACCAGCGAGCGUUACUUCCCAUCACGUGAUUAAAGUUUAGCUUGCUCAAUAUGUGACAGAUGUGUUUUUUCUUGAGGAAGUUGAAUUGGGCUGGAUAUGAUCUAUAAUUGGAUUGAAAUGUACAGUGUGAAACAAGAGGUUGCGGGUUUUACAAGGGUUUAGGGAUAGUACAAGGGGGUUACGGGUGGUACAAGGGGGUUGAUGGGAUAUGGAGGCUACGGAUGGUACAACAAACACUAUUGGUUCUGGAAAUGAACUUGUAUAUAGAUCCCAGGGGCCAGAGCCGAGCUCAUCCACAGAGAUGGAUUCUAGUGACGUCACAACUCCAACCAACCACGGGAGAACCGAUUAAAUCACCUUGAACUAGGCUACCUGGUCUUCUAUUGCAUUGGAUCGUGCGCUAGCGUAACAAGGAAGGCGUUUACCUCCUUUGUCGGAGAUAUACUAAUGAUAUUGAAACAAAUUAAACAACAAUUUCUAAUGAAAUUUGAAAGUGUAGUUUAAAAGGUAAGGAAGACAGAAAGCAUAAGGAGUAAUAGAGCUACAGUCGUCCACUUUGUAACGAAUAUUUGUUAGAAAAAGUCUAGACUACGUGUAGCCGCUGGAUCAAGGAUAUUAUUUGCGAGUCAAAGGCUACACGGCUAAAAAAAUUCCAACUCAAUCCGGUUAGCUACUAAAAGGAUUAUCAAACUGAAUAUUGUUUCUAUGCAACAGUUGAAAAGAACACUUUUAGGAUAUUGGGGAGAUAUUCUUGAAUUGAAAAUGACGUAUGAGCUUUUAAAAUAAAAACAUAACGAAAAGGUUUUUACUCUGUGUAAGUAAAAAAAAAAAUGAUUUUUCUUUUGUAGCAAUGUACAUAUUAAUAAAAGACGUGUAAAUAUACGACUCCAAAAA